GAGCAAGGAAGGAGACAAAUAAUUCUGCCAUAAAACAUACUAAGAAACACACAUGCUCCGCACUGGCACACUAUCUAGUAACUCCAGUAUUGUGUUAACACAUUUUAAAGAAAAAGACAAUUCGGGAUUUGGAAUGUAUACAGCUUUCUGGACUUAAUGGGAGGGGGAGAAGUUUCUUUCCCCAAAACCAAGCUCUUGGAUCACUCUUCAAGAUUUGCACUCUUCAAGAUGCCUUCCUCUUGCUUAGUCUCAAAAACCGUGCAGUGGGUUUGCUAGUUGUUCAGGUUAUUUUCUGCAAGUUAUUCCAAAAGGGGGGACUGAAAGAGUGAGACCCAGAGAAUGCUCCCACAGGUCAUAAGGAUUCUAUAUGUCUUAUCUUUUUACUUUUUUCAAGGAGGCUUUAUCAGACCGGGCUCCUGUAAGGACGAGAUAAAGUCACCCAGUAAGACAGUGCCACCCUCACAGUCCCCGUCAGACUUCCUGGACAAGCUCAUGGGUAAAAAGUCUGGCUACGAUGCCCGGAUCAGACCCAAUUUUAAAGGUCCGCCUGUGAAUGUCACCUGCAAUAUUUUUAUUAACAGCUUUGGGUCAAUCACAGAGACGACAAUGGAUUACAGACUCAAUGUGUUCCUACGGCAAAAAUGGAAUGAUCCCCGAUUGGCGUACCAGGAGUAUCCGGAUGAUUCCUUGGACCUAGAUCCUUCCAUGCUGGACUCCAUCUGGAAGCCUGACCUGUUUUUUGCCAAUGAGAAGGGAGCUAACUUUCACGAGGUUACCACUGACAACAAACUACUGCGGAUUUUCCAAGAUGGCAGCGUAUUGUACAGCAUCAGACUGACUCUUAUCCUGUCCUGCCCUAUGGACCUAAAGAAUUUCCCUAUGGAUAUUCAGACCUGUACCAUGCAGCUCGAAAGCUUUGGGUAUACCAUGAAUGAUCUGAUCUUCGAGUGGUUGACAGUGAACCCAGUGCAGGUGGCUGAUGAUCUGACACUCCCACAGUUUGUCCUGAAGGAUGAGCAGGAUCUAGGUUACUGUACCAAGCACUACAACACAGGUAAAUUCACCUGCAUUGAGGUUAAGUUCCACCUGGAGAGACAGAUGGGCUACUACCUGAUCCAGAUGUACAUCCCCAGCCUGCUAAUUGUCAUACUUUCCUGGGUUUCCUUCUGGAUCAACAUGGAUGCUGCGCCGGCAAGAGUGGGCUUGGGUAUCACCACAGUGCUCACUAUGACUACCCAGAGCUCCGGGUCUCGAGCUUCUCUACCCAAGGUGUCCUAUGUGAAGGCCAUCGACAUCUGGAUGGCUGUGUGCCUACUGUUUGUGUUUGCUGCACUGCUCGAGUAUGCAGCGGUCAACUUUGUCUCGCGGCAGCACAAGGAGUUCAUCAGACUGAGGAAGAGGCAGCGACGGCAGAGAAUAGGACUGACAACAGCAACACGCUACAGCUGGCCGUCACAUUACAUGAGGGAGAUCAGCUCGUUUCAGACUCAGCUCAUUUCCAUGGCCAUGGCGUUGUUAAAUCAACAGGGAAGUAUAGAGUCACUGAGGAAAGUAAAUGACCUGCCUGGAAACCACACCACCAGCUCCCAUGGGAACCUGAAUCAGCACUGCAGCGCCUGUGCCAGGGAAGAAGAACUGGUGAGAGACAGCCGUGGGUUUUACUUCCGUGGUUAUGGGCUCGGUCACUGCCUGCAGACCAAGGAUGGAACCGCUGUGGAGGGCGCCACUGUUUUCGCCCCACCACUUCCGCCCGUGUCCACCGUGUACGACGGCGAGAUGGUCCGCAAGCGCUUCCUGGACCGGGCCAAGCGCAUCGACACAGUAUCCCGGGCAGUCUUCCCCCUGAGCUUCCUCUUCUUCAACAUCUUCUACUGGAUUACAUACAAAGUGCUUCGACAUGAGGACAUCCACGCAAACUUGUAAUAAGCUCUCUGCUCUACCCCCGGCGACAUGCUCAUUGUUUCUUGCUACUUUUUCUGUUUGUUUUUCUUCUUUCAACCGGAACUGCCUGUCAGAUCUACAUUUAUAAAAGAGGAUGUAGUGUUUAAGAGGCGUAUGCUUCGUUACCGUUGCCAUUGAUGCUCAAAACUGUGCUCAGGUAGGUGUUCAGGAUAUCACAGCAAAAGAGCUAUGUGUAGAGUGUGAACAGAGAAGAAAAAGAUACAGUAUCCAUGUGGAUUCAAACUGGUGUUAAAAAUGCUGUUUGUUAAUGCAUUCUCUUAUCUUACUCAUAGGGUUGCAACAUUUCAGAAACCUUUGAUACAUUCUCUGGUUUUACUCAAAUUCCAUUUUAGUCCUGAAUUACUAGGAUAUAAUGAAUUCUCCAACCAGGACUUUUAGGGACACCAGGGAAUUUAUAAAAAUGUCCCUGAAAUUAGCCACCCUACUUACCCAUCUUGUUUCGACUGGAUUUUGAGAAGUGUACUGUAAUUGCACUCGUCAUGAAAUUUUUUGUGAACUCUGAACGAUGGCUAAAGGCAUCAGUGACCUUAAAGGAAUAAUAGCCGUGGCUGGAUGAGUAAUACUAACUUGAAACCUUACAACGCAUCUUUGAACGAAUGUUUUUAAAAUUAAAAAAAUUAUAAUGGCUUUUUUACAGCUUUAAAUUGCCAGAGCAAUUAGAGGGUGUGAGGGAGGGAAUUGGGUCUUAGAUAUUUCUGGAUAUUUAAUGGGUGGUAAUAUGUUGUUUUAACUACAUAUGAUGAGAUAUAUAUUCAAAUGUAUAAACUGUACAUAAACAGAGUUGUUCAUCGAUUACACACAGAACAAAUGUGCAUUUCUUUUUGUCUAAAAUUUGAAUAAAUGGAUAUUC